GAAAUUUAUCAGUACUGGAAUCUGCCGCUGCAAAUCGACGAUUUAGUCAUCGUCAACAAACACAGCAGUAGGCAGUAGCAAGUCAACGAGAUUCCGCAAUGAGGAAACGAGAUUUGGCUAUUCUAAUGCUUUCAGCUUUCGCUAUUUUCUUCUCCCUUCAGGUUUUCUCUCUUCAAUUGCUUUUCAUUUUCGUACCUCGAAUCUCACCGAUUUUCUUCUCCAUUUCUCUCCUCAAGCACGAAGGUGAUUUCUCUUUUCGAGAAGCGUGGUUCCACUUAUCAGCUUAAUAUCCAAUCAGAUACGUUUCCGAUCGUCUCCCUCCGCCUCGAUCUCAACGCCGACGGAAAGAAGGAAAGUCCUCGUCGCCACGCACGAUGCCAAAAUUCAGGUACUGGAGCCACAUGCAAGGCGAGUGCAUGAAGGAUUCAGAGAAGCGCGAGUGCUGGCAAAGGUGUCUUUGUUGCCUGUUAAGAUCAGGGUAACGACUGGUAGACGUGCUGUGUCCAUGGCCACUGGUGUUAUAGAUCGAACGUAUAAGCUGGGGCAACCGCAGAAGCAGGUUCUGGUUGUUGUCGCAUCUGGUUGGUCCGUUAUGUGUUUCGAUCAUAACCUCAAAAAGCUAUGGGAAAAUAAAUUGCAGGAGGAUUUUCCACAUAAUGCACACCACAGAGAAAUAGCAAUCCCAAUAAGCAAUUACACUUUGAAACAUGGGGAUAUAGGACUUGUCAUCAUUGGCGGGAGAAUGGAAAUGCAACCACAUAUUUACAUAGAUCCUUUUGAAGAGAUUGGGAUGCAAGAGCCAAAUGCCAAGAAACAUAGAAGAAGUGCCAGCGAAAAGGAGGUAUUAUUUUCUUAUGGGUCAACUGUCUUAAAUAUUUAUAUUGGUCCAUUUGGCUUCUGAGAACUCUGGCACUGUGAAUUUACACCAUUUUGCAUUCUAUGCAUUUGCUGGGCAAAGUGGUUUACUUUGUUGGAGUAGAAAGAGUGAGAAUAUUGAAGACCAUUCAUCAGAUCCAUUACAGCUAAUUCCGCAGCACAACUACAAGCUCAAUGCGCAUGCUUUGAAUGAUCGUCAUCCAGGACAGCUUGCAUGUAGGGAUGUCAGAUAAUCAGUCCUUGGAGUUAUGCCACAUCAAUGGGAUAGGAGAGAAGAUUCAUAUUGAAGCUGGCACACUUCAAGCGACACAGAUGGAAAACAUUGAAGAAAGCAGAUGGAAAAAAAACAACGUACCCUUUUCACAAGCCUGAGGAACACCAUCCUGUGGGGAAGGACUCAACGAAAAAAAUUUCAAACUUGAUUGGAGAAGCUGCUUAGGUUGCGGGUUCAGCAAAAAAUAAGGAGGUAGUUUCUUCGUAGAGCCAAGCAGUUGUUAUGGCAUUCCAUUCACAAACACUGUUUAUGUGAAGAUGUUUUGGUUUUAAGUUGCUUCCAUAUUCACCAGGAUCCCAUAUGAUGGUUUUAUGAAUGUGAUGAAGAAAGGAAAAGGGAUAACAAUCAUUUGAUUCUGCCAGCCUUCUUUUUCUUUGUUCAUCUGCUUUUCUCUGUUUAUCUUGGGUUUUAGUUUUUAGUUUUUCAAUUUUCACUUUUGUUAUUUCUUUUAAGCCAUAAUAGAUAUCUAACAACAAAGUUUUACAGUGGCACCAACUGUGUGGACUAUUACCCUAAGAGAGUACCAAUUACAAAAGCCUCUGCAAGUUUAUCACAUAAAUGCCUUGUAACAUCCUAGUUUGCUCUUUUGAUGCAGCCCACUAAUUAUAUUCCAACCAUAACAAAUCACACCAACUUUUUGUGGGUUCCUAAUGUUGUUGUAGCUCAUCAAAAGGAAGGGAUAGAAGUUGUUCAUCUGGCAAGUGAUGGACUUAUACGCAAGCUUCAUCUCCAAGAAGGUGGUCUUCAUGCUGAUAUUAAUGGAGAUGGGGUCCUAGAUCAUGUCCUGGUGCACCUUUUUACCUUUAUAUCUCGAACAUUGUUAAAAUGCUGGGCUGUUCCUUAUCGUUUAAUGUAGAAAAAUGGAUUAGCAUAUCUCAACUGACCUUUCGUAGGCUGGUUUGCAUCAACGUUCUGUGGGAUGUGACCAUCUUCUCCAAAAGUGUAGUCAUCUGAUCCGGAUUAUAGCUAGCUGUAUGCGGUGAUUUUGGGGGCUUUACAUUUUUUUGGUCUGGGGUGUCAUAUGACUCAUUUGAAAUGUAUAAUCAUCUGAACUGGAUUAUAGUGACAUGCUAUGCUGUCUAUGCUGAUUGCAAAAUAUUAACACUGAAUGUGUACACUCUUGAAUUUAACAGUAUAAUUAAGCUCAUUUUUUGGU